ACACAUCCUCAAACAAACAAUCUUUUACUAUUCUUAGCAAAAUCAAAAUUAAAAAAAAAGUCAGACAUGCAGAAGUCAAACAAGAGGAUCAAGCAAGAGCAAAUCAACACCAUCGCCGCCGCAUGCCUUUCCAUGUCUGCGCCGCCGCCGCAUCCUCCUCUGCCCCGCCUCUCUAAUGCCGAAGAAGCGUCGGUGAUGGUCUCAGCCUUGAAGAAUAUUAUUACCGGAGAAGCUUCCCUCGCCGCCGCCAACGACUUCAGAUUCCUGUCUGAAGAUGUUCUCUCUGUUUCCGCCGACAUGGAAACGUGCAGAUUCUGCAGGAUUAAAGGGUGCUUGGGGUGUAAUUUGUUCAACGAGGAGAAGAAGAAAGCGGUGGCGCCGGCGAAGAAGAGGAAGAAGAAGAAUUACAGAGGCGUGCGGCAGCGGCCGUGGGGGAAGUGGGCGGCGGAGAUACGCGACCCGAGGAAGGCGGCGCGCGUCUGGCUGGGGACGUUCGAGACGGCCGAGGACGCGGCGCGGGCCUACGACAGGGCGGCAAUCGAGUUCCGCGGGCCUCGGGCCAAGCUCAAUUUCGCCUUCUCCGACUACACCGAGGCCCCUAGAGGAGGCGCAGUGGAAGCGCCUCCGAAGAAAAUGGGUACAGAGGGGAACGGUGGAAUGUGGGAAAUUGGAUCGAGCAGCAAAAAACAGAGUAAUAUUUGGGAUCUGACGAUUGGGGAAGAAGAUAUGGAGGAGUGGAUGAGGAUGAUGGAUUUCAACACCGGAGAUUCCUCGGAUUCUGCUAAUGGCGGGAAUGUUCAAAGCUUGUAAUACUACUCCCUAUUCAAUAUUGAGAUACUAGUUGUUACUUAAUUUAAAUUUUUUAGAUAA